AGCGCAUGGGCCUCCAGUGCUUCCUAAUGCGGCUAGCGCGACCUAUCCCAAUAUCAAAAUCCUCAGUGACGCUGGCAUACCCGAUUUGGCCUAGCGCGAUCAUCUAGAAUCGCCCAAAAAGAGAAAACGUCACUUGCUGCAAGCACGUCCAACCUCGCUGCCAACCAUCACCACGUCCAUCACUCCCGCCAGCCGACAUAAUAGCGUCGCCAGGCUACUCCGAUAUAUUACAGUGAAUUGAUACACCGGUUUUAAACGCUACUGGUCUACAAAGUCGGCCUUUGGAGUGAACGAGACUUUUGUUUGCUUCUAGGCCUCCCCCUCAUUUCUAGCUUCUCGUCGUGAUUAUGGCUUCUGAGAACUCAUCUUCGGAGCCUAUAAUGGGUUCGUCUGGUAUCCAGGUCUUGGAGAAGAUCGUGUCUGCGUCCAACUGUAUGUUUAUGCGCCUCAUAAAUUACCGGGCAACUGCAACCAAAUGCUGACAUUUACUGGCCAGUUGAUCGGGAUGAGGUCGACAGGUUACGGAAACGUUUUAUGAAGCUAGAUAAAGACAAUUCUGGUACGAUCGAAAGAGAUGAAUUUCUUUCUCUCCCUCAGGUCUCUUCCAAUCCAUUAGCUACUCGGUAUGUGUCCAUGGCUUGAAUAUUUGUCUACUUCCCUUAGAAAGAGUGUUUACCCCGCGCCCAAUGCAUGUAUGCUCCCUGGGUCUCGAACAGUGGGCUAAUUGGUUUGCGACCAUGACAAUGAGAAAAUUAGAAUGAUCGCGAUUUUCGAUGAAGAUGGCGGUGGUGACGUAGACUUCCAAGAAUUCGUUUCCGGGUUAUCGGCCUUCAGUUCGAAAGGUAACAAAGAGGAGAAGCUUCGAUUUGCCUUUAAAGUAUACGAUAUCGACCGUGAUGGGUACAUUUCAAACGGGGAGCUGUUUAUUGUUCUGAAAAUGAUGGUUGGCAGCAACUUGAAGGACAACCAGUUACAGCAGAUAGUGGAUAAGACCAUCAUGGAAGCUGAUCAGGAUGGAGAUGGGAAAAUAAGCUUUGAGGAGUUUACUAGGAUGGUUGAGAACACCGACAUCAGCAUGAGUAUGACUUUGGGUAUGUCUAUAAUUCCCCUUCCUCUCCUUUCUCAGCUUACUUGGGGAAACGUUAUUCUCGUGCUAUUAUUAACUAACUGAAUUGGUAGAUCAAUUCUAGUUACGCUAUUCCUCGUACUUUCUGUUUGUUGGCGUUCGUUUACGACUAUUCCUGAAGAGCUUGGGCAGCGCUACUCUGCUAUUACCAAGCAGUCUUUUGAAACAAUCGGCGUUCGCUUACAAUAUGCGAUGAUGACUACGAUAUCAACCAACUCCCUUAUAGAUAUUUUAUUGCGUCUCUAUGCAACUGGAACCACGUUGGGCCAACACCACCUUAAAUUCAGACUAAACUCACACAGUGGCAUUGUACUUAAGGGUUUCAAUAUCAAUUACUGGAGUACGCGGCCUUAUUCUUCAUGGGACGGAAUAAUGAUGUCAGAAUACAAGCAUAUUAAGUAUUGCCCAUUCUUGAGCGGGGAAUUCAACGCCUAGCCAUCGGCUAUUGAUAUUUACCUGUUGCAUAACUGAAAUGGUGAGUAUUCUUCUGUUACUUUUUUGCUAUAAAGUCGUUCUACAUAACAUAUGAUUGUUGAGACAUCUUUAAUGGCCACGAGAUUGGUUAAGUUCUGCCUCUCCACAACCUUAUCUUGAUCUCUUGAUUUUUCAUGCUCACGGUUUUUUUUUUUUAACUCCUCGCCCUUCAGCACCGAACAAUUAACGUAUCGCAAAGGGUAACAGGAAUGGGUCUUCAAUCCCUUGGAGAGAGUAGCUACAUAUGCUUCACUUCUGCCUGGCGACCCCCCAAAUACCCCUGGCUCAAUAUGCAGAUGCAAGAGAUAUUACUGCUACAUAUCCCUUACCAACCAAGGCGCACAAGGAACCCAUUGCUGUCGGACGGGUGAGCUACAGAAUAGCCCUCGUGCCAGGUUCGGGAUUUGGG